GAAUAGCUCGUAUGAAUAGUCGCAACUGUAUUUUGAACACAAAUGCAUUUGAAAUACAUCUUAAAUGUUUGUCAUUGCCAAAAGUUAUGUGAUAGGCUGAUUUUUAGAGCAUGAACGACCGUCGGUUUUUAAAUGACAAAGUUUUUAAGAUUGUCUGACACUGCAUCGCUCGCACUGUCGCAAACGAACACAACAACUGAGUUGAUAACGAGAACAGUUUCUCUCGAGAAUCGUUUCUAAAAUUUUGAUCACUUCGAUGGAUACGCCGCAGCAAUCCAUCCCGGAGAGGGCAGUUGAAAUGGAGCGAUUCAAAAUGCGCGAUGCAAAAAAGACAAAGAAAGCUGUUAUUUUGAUAACAGGAAUGACCUGCCACUCAUGUGUAAGGACCAUAGAACAGAGUGUCGAACAACUUCAAGAGGUGAAAUCAGUUUCUGUAUCUCUCGCUGAGGAACAGGCCGUGGUGAUAUUUUUGACGAGCAUCAAUGCUCAGAAGAUUGUUCAGGCGAUCGAGGAGACGGGUUUUGAUGCGAAAUUAAAGUCUGUUGAGGAAGAUUCGCCGUUGUUUUCAGACAACGGAAACCGCGUUCCAGUCAAUGAAAAUGAGAUUAUUCCAUUUCCAAUAUCCAGUUCAAAUCAAACGAAAAUGUUUCUACAUAUAAAAGGGAUGACUUGCUCGUCCUGUGUCUCCCUCAUAGAAAACUUUCUGGUAAAGAAACAAGGAAUAAAAUCUGUCGUUGUUGGUUUGUUGACACAGAAGGCCGAAAUAAAGUACGAUUUUGAUUUUAUAAGUCCCGAAGAGAUAGCUUCCCAGGUAUCGAUGCUUGGGUUUGAAUCCCAGAUCAUGCCAUCUGAUGAAGAAAAAGCGGAACUAAACCUAUUGAUAAAAGGCAUUACCCAAGAUUCAUGCGUGUCAUUGAUUGAGUCGAAAUUGAGGAGUAUGAGUGGGAUCCUCGAGAUUUCAGUUUCCCAUAAUGCUUCGAGAGCCAGUGUUGUGUACGAGCCAUGGAGGAUUGGACCGAGGGAUAUUACUGAAAUCAUUACAGGGCUUGGAUAUGAAGUAAAAUUGGAGAACAGCCAUCAUCCUACGGAUCGGUUCAGCUACAAAUCUGAAAUCUCAAAGUGGAGAAGAUCGUUUUUUAUUUCAUUUCUGUUCGGGGCACCUGUUAUGAUUUGUAUGAUCGUGUUUUCUCUGCUAAAAAGUCGUGGAAUUCACCCACACGUGGAAGUGACGAAGGGACUCUCUCUAGAGAAUUUGCUAUACUUCAUGUUAUGUACUCCUGUUCAGUUUAUUGGCGGUAGAAAUUUUUACAUCUCCGCGUACAAAGCACUGAAACACAGAGCAGCGAGCAUGGAUCUUCUCAUAAUGCUUGCCACAACAGUUGCAUACUUUUACUCGGUUACAGUUUUGUUUAUCGCCGUUGUGCUGCAAUUCUCCAAGAGUCCGCGUACAUUCUUUGAGACCCCCCCUGCUCUGUUGAUUUUCAUUGGUUUGGGUCGAUGGCUGGAACACAUCGCCAAGGGUAAAACUUCACAGGCGCUGAGCAGACUUCUCUCCUUGCAACCAAUGGAGGCGCUGCUGUGCAAGAUGGAUGAGACAACGAAAAAUAUCAUCGAAGAAAGAUUAAUUGACGUUGAUUUAGUGCAACGCGGAGAUGUAUUGAAGAUUUUACCUGGCGAAAAAAUUCCUGUGGAUGCACGCGUUUUGGAAGGCACGUCAAUGGCUGACGAGGCGCUUAUCACCGGGGAAGCGAUGCCGGUACCUAAAAGUCCCGGUGAUCGUGUCAUAGCAGGAUCUAUAAACCAGCAUGGAACACUUAUAGUCGAGGCAGUUCACGUGGGUAAAGAUACAACACUAUCACAGAUUGUAAAGCUUGUCGAAGAAGCUCAGUUAUCUAAGGCUCCAAUUCAAAAACUAGCGGACACCAUUGCAGGUUAUUUCGUUCCUGUCGUAAUCAUUCUCUCUCUUCUAACUCUCAUUAUCUGGAUUAUAAUUGGCUACUUGGAUGUGAGCAUAAUCUCCGAAUCACGUGACCCUGCUUUUAGUGACAGCGAAGUUAUAAUCCAGUUCGCUUUCCUUACAUCGAUCACAGUUCUUUCUAUCGCUUGUCCCUGUGCUCUGGGUCUGGCCACGCCCACUGCUAUCAUGGUUAGUACGGGGAUUGGUGCACAGAAGGGAAUAUUGAUCAAAGGAGGAGAACCUUUGGAGACAUGUCAUAAGGUAUCCACCGUCGUAUUUGAUAAAACUGGUACCGUUACUCAUGGCCGACCGUCGGUCAUGACGACCGCUGUAUUUGUUGAGCCUGCGGUGUGCAAUGAACGCCUACUCUUGGCUGUAGCUGGGACUGCUGAAGCCAACAGUGAACAUCCAAUAGCGUCUGCGAUCACAACCUACGCUAAAGAGAUGCUUAGAACCGAGAGGUUCGGUCAGUGUUCAGAUUAUCGAGCUGUACCCGGAUUUGGUCUUCAGUGCAAAAUAUCUGGAAUCGAAAAUCUUUUGUCUGACAAGGAAAAAUCUGUUGCUGAUGACAUCAUUCCUUCAUCUACUAAUGGUACAUCAAUACAAAUGUAUGAUACACUGAUUGGAAACCGCAAUUGGAUGUCGAAAAAUGGUCUGGUCGUCUCAAAAUAUAUCGAUGAAACAAUGGAAGAACGUGAGUGCAAAGGAGAUACCGCUGUGCUUGUGGCAAUCAAUGGCGUUUUAGUUGGAAUGAUCGCUGUUGCAGAUACUAUAAAGAAAGAUGCACCGGCAGCGGUGUCGACCUUACAAAAUAUGGGAAUUCAAAUCGUCUUGCUCACUGGUGAUAAUAAGAAGACUGCCUGGGCAAUAGCCUCACGGGUAACUAUUCAAGCACGUUUUGCACAAGUGCUUCCAUCAGACAAAGUUGACAAAGUGAAAUCACUGCAAGAAAAUGGCAAUACCGUUGCCAUGGUAGGUGAUGGCGUCAAUGACUCUCCUGCUCUGAUUUCAGCCGAUGUUGGCAUCGCCAUAGGGACUGGUACUGACGUCGCAGUUGAAGCUGCCGAUGUUGUCCUCAUUGGGGAUGAUUUGAUGGACGUAGUGACGUCAAUCGAUCUUUCGCGCGUGACGGUACGUCGUGUAAGAAUGAAUUUUGUGUUCGCGUCAAUAUACAAUUUGAUAGGUGUGCCAAUAGCAGCAGGAGUUUUUCAUACACUUGGUGUGACGUUGCAGCCGUGGAUGGCAUCUGCAGCAAUGGCCGCCUCGUCCGUGUCUGUCGUUGUCUCGUCGCUUCUUUUAAAACUAUAUAAAAAACCCACCGGUUAUGUUCGAGAAUCGAGCUGGACGUCGGGACAUUCAAUAAGUGAACAAAAUUCCUACAUUUACGGCGACGGUGGGGUUGAACUGAAAUCCGUCCAGCAACACAUACUUACGCAUUCAGAGAUUGUGUGAUUGGUUGCUUAAAAAGAACGCGUCAGUCAAACUGUAUAUUGUCAUUCUCAUUGGCUGAUCCAAGGUUUCAUUCUUAUUGGCUGAUCCAAGGUUUCAUUCUCAUUGGCUGAUCCAAGGUUUCCGUUGAUUGUGAGUAGUUAUUGGGGGAUUUUUUUUGUGCUCUUCAAUAAGAUAAGUCGCCACUCUGCCAUCUUAUGUAGAUUUGCUAUUUCUUUUCGAAAGUGGCAGAAUGUGGCGACAAACGUAGUGAUAAUCAGGGAUAAUAAUGGAUAAUAAGUUGUAGAAAGCCAUAGAAACACAAACUAUAGAUGGCGACAAACGUAGUGUUUGUAAAUGAUGAUCGUCCAGGUUAAUAAAGUCCUGAGAAGGACUGUUUUUGUUGUUGUUGACUGACGUUUCGACAACCUUAGCGGUAGUCAUCUUCAGAGUCAAAUGGCUACCGCUUCAGGACUUUAUUACCCUGGACGAUCAUCAUUUACAAACAUAUAACGAUACUCCCGGGUUCAAACCAUUUACUUUAUGACAAACGUAGUGAUAAUCAGGAUAAUAAUGGAUAAUAAGUUAUAGAAAGCCAUGGAAACACAAACUAUAGAAAAAUAUUUUUGAGCACGGAAAGCAAACCAGAAACAAAUAUGUCGUCAAUAAAUUUAUUUUAAAGUUUUA